CCAAUGAUAGCUGCACAAGUCAGUAAGCCCUUGCUGUCAGCGCAGAGUGAAAUGAAUGCGGAGUUGAGAGGUGAAGACAAGGCUGCUACUUCAGACAGCGAGCUGAAUGAGUCCCUGCUUGCGCCUGUGGAAUCAAAUGACAACGAGGACACUCCCAGCAAGCUCUUCGGGGCCAGAGGCAACGCAGCACUGUCAGAUCCAGACUCUCCGGAGCAGCACCCAACCAGUCACACCCACCCUCCGUUUCCUGUUGGGCCACAGCCACUUCUGACGGCCCAGCAGCUCGCCUCUGCUGUGGCUGGCGUGAUGCCCGGAGGCCCCCCAACCCUCAACCAGCCCAUCCUUAUCCCCUUCAAUAUGGCUGGACAGCUCGGUGGCCAACAGGGUCUGGUCCUCACACUGCCCACAGCGAAUCUUACCAACAUCCAAGGACUGGUAGCAGCAGCUGCAGCUGGAGGCAUUAUGACUCUUCCAUUGCAAAAUCUACAAGCUACCUCAUCCCUGAACUCCCAGUUGCAACAGCUUCAGCAGCUCCAACAACUCCAGCAGCAACAACAGCAGCAGCAACAACAGCAGCAGCAGCCGCAGCAGCAACCUACUGCACCAUCGACCAACCAGCAGCCCCAGCAGUCCCAGCCCGCCCCGCAGGCCCCGCAACCCCUACCCACCUCCCAGCCUCCGGCAGCUCCUGCAUCCCAGUUGCUCCAGGCCCCGCAGCCCCAGCAGCACCAGCCCCACUCCCACCCCCAGAACCAGAGCCAGCCAUCUCCAACCCAACAGAGCCCCAGCCCCCCUCAGAAGCCCAGCCAGUCUCCCGGCCACGGCCUUCCGUCUCCGCUCACGCCUCCCACCCCUUUGCAGCUGGUUAAUAAUCCUCUAGCAAGUCAGGCCGCAGCGGCUGCAGCCAUGGGCUCCCUAGCAAGCUCACAGGCCUUUGGCAAUGCCCUCUCCAGCCUUCAGGGGGUCACGGGUCAACUAGUUACUAAUGCACAAGGACAGAUCAUCGGGACCAUUCCACUAAUGCCUAAUCCAGGGCCUUCGAGCCAAGCAGCAAGUGGCACUCAGGGCCUUCAAGUGCAGCCUAUCACUCCCCAACUCCUGACAAAUGCCCAGGGCCAGAUCAUCGCCACGGUCAUCGGGAACCAAAUCCUGCCUGUGAUCAACACCCAGGGCAUCACACUCUCUCCCAUCAAGCCAGGCCAGCAGCUCCACCAACCCUCCCAGACGUCAGUGGGUCAAGGAGCCUCACAAGGGACCCUUCUGCACCUGGCUCACAGUCAAGCAUCCAUGUCUCAAAGUCCCGUCCGACAGCCUUCCUCCUCUUCUUCCUCAUCUUCCUCUUCUUCAGCUUUGAGCGUGGGCCAGUUAGUCAGCAAUCCUCAAACGGCAGCGGGUGAGGUGGAUGGGGUUAAUCUGGAGGAGAUCCGAGAAUUUGCCAAAGCUUUUAAAAUCCGGCGCCUGUCCCUUGGCCUGACCCAAACUCAGGUGGGACAAGCUCUCAGUGCCACAGAGGGCCCCGCGUACAGCCAGUCGGCCAUCUGCAGACACACCAUCCUGAGAAGCCACUUUUUCCUACCACAGGAAGCCCAAGAGAACACUAUAGCUAGCAGUCUCACAGCCAAACUGAACCCUGGCCUUUUGUAUCCUGCCAGGUUUGAAAAGCUGGACAUCACCCCUAAAAGUGCCCAGAAGAUCAAGCCGGUGCUUGAGCGGUGGAUGGCUGAGGCUGAAGCCCGCCAUCGAGCCGGGAUGCAGAACCUCACCGAGUUUAUUGGGAGUGAACCAUCCAAAAAGCGCAAGCGGCGCACCUCCUUCACACCCCAGGCCCUUGAGAUCCUCAAUGCCCACUUUGAGAAGAACACACACCCCUCGGGGCAGGAAAUGACCGAGAUUGCUGAGAAGCUGAACUAUGACCGGGAAGUAGUUAGAGUCUGGUUCUGCAAUAAGAGGCAAGCCCUGAAGAAUACAAUCAAACGCUUAAAACAGCACGAGCCGGCCACCACAGUCCCACUAGAGCCCUUAACAGACUCUCUGGAAGAAAACUCCUAA